AUGCUAACAACGCAACCCCAUCUCCGCACGCGGCGGCCCUCCCCCACCACGUCCGAGUAUACCGUUUCAACGUCCCCUUCUCCAACUCUCACCCUUCGACUUCUCCUCCUCACAACAAUCAUCCUCCGUCUCCUAAUCGGCCUCAGUGUGCUGUUGCUCCUCUACUCGAAAUACCUUCUUAACAACUUCACAUCCGCAUCCCCUCCCGCGUCACAAUCACAAAACCACAUCGCCCCGCCAUCAUCGCCGUCAAUUCUCACCACAGAGUACAUCUUUUACAUACUCUACCUCACGACAUCCUCACCCAUUGGCCUCCUCUUUGCGCGCCUCGCGGCGGUCCUUCCACUCACUAUCAUCAUUCCAGUUUCCGCAAUUCUCCUUUACGGCAUCUUCCUCCGCCUCCACACCACCGAAUCUCUUCUUGUCCUCCGAGGCCUAGGCAUCCAAACCGUUACGUCUUCAGCCACGUAUCUCAGCACCGCGACGACACGGUUCAUCCCCACCGAGAAGAUCCAGGAUAUCUUAGUUAAUGAAGCAUUUCGGGGUUUUGAGGUGCGCUAUUAUUUAGUGGUUGUUGUGGAAGGAGAGGAGGAAGUUGUGGUGGUUUUUCCAAAGUUGCUACCCAGGAGGAAGAUUGUGGAGACAGUUUGGAGAGGGGUUAGGGGGUGUUUGUUCGAGCCCGAGACUGUUGGAAAAGAUGGAAAGGGAUAG